GCUCUCCCCUGGCAGUCGGGGUGGCCCCAGGGCAGAGCUGGGGGGUGCUGAGCUGCAGGGGGCUUGUGGUCGUCAGGGAGCUCCAGCUUUCAGCUACGUGACCCUGCCCCAUAAGGAGGGACAUGGGGGGCAGUGCAGAGCCUGGGAGCCCAACCCAUGGCGCCAGGCCCCGUCUGGCCUCUCCCUAGUCCCCACCCCUGGGGGCAGGGACCCGUGGGCCCUCCCGAGGCGGGUUCCCUCCCAUCCAGCCUGGUCCCAGCCACCUGCCACCGCAGCCUGGACCCAUACAAGCCGCUGGUCUCCCAGGACUGGAUCCUGUGACCAGGCUGGAACCUCCUUCCCUUCACCUUGGCCAUGGCAGCCUCGGUCUCCUGGGUCCCCUUCUGGUCGCCCCUCCGGCUUUCCAUCUUCCUGCUGGCCAUCAUGACCUUCUCCAUCUUCCUCCACCGGAGGGGCUGGUUCCCUGCCAGAGGACAGAGGAUCCCCUCCUCCAAUGCCAUGGGGUGGCCUCCAGCCAAGUCUCUCAUCUUGCCCCCAACUACACCCCCUGCCAUGGAGCAGGGCAUGUGGACCGUGAACUCUGCCGGGCGCCUGGGGAACCAGAUGGGGGAAUACGCCACCCUCUAUGCCCUGGCCAAGAUGAACAGGCGCCAGGCCUACAUCCUCCCAAAGAUGCACCAGUAUCUGGCACCGCUCUUCCGCAUCACCCUGCCCGUGCUCUCCAGCGACGUGGUCCGGAGCGUUCCGUGGAGGAACUACAAGCUCCACAAUUGGAUGUCGGAGGAGUACAGGCACAUCAAGGGGAAAUACGUCCGGCUGACGGGCUACCCCUGCUCCUGGACCUUCUACCACCACCUCCGGCAGGAGAUCCUCCAGGAAUUCUCCUUCCACGACCACAUCAAGGAGGAGGCCAACCGGUACCUGGCCGGGCUGCGUGGGCAGCGCCAGAAUGUGACCUACGUGGGCAUCCACGUCCGGAGGGGGGACUAUGUCCGGGUGAUGCCCCAGGUUCGGAAGGGGGUAGUGGCGGACAAGGCCUACCUGGAGAAGGCCAUGGGCUACUUCCGGGCCAAGUACCAGGAGCCGAUCUUCGUGGUGACCAGCAACGGGAUGGAGUGGUGCCGGGAGAACAUCAACGCCUCGCGGGGGGACGUGUAUUUCUCGGGGGACGGGAAGGAGUCGUCACCGGGGAGAGAUUUUGCUCUCUUGGUCCAUUGCAACCACACGAUCAUGACCAUCGGGACCUUCGGCAUCUGGGCCAGUUACCUGGCUGGGGGGGAGACCAUCUAUUUGGCCAACUACAUGCUCCCUGAUUCCCCUUACCAGCAGCACUUGAAGCCUUCGGCAGCCUUCCUGCCCAAGUGGAUUGGGAUUGAUGCCGAUCUCUCCCCACUGCUGAAUGGGAGCUAUAAAAAUAAUAAAUAACAAAUGGAAGAAAGGGGCAAUGGAUAGUAAUAUAUAUAAAUCAGAAACUAGGGAUCGUAGAAAAUUGAUAAGGGAAGCAAAGGAACUCAUGGAGACGUCUAUGGCAAGCAAAGUUAAAGACAUACCUUGGGUUU